AUGCGAAGCGGCGGCAGCGCAUCCGUGGACGCGGCGCAAUCGAAGGCGGACAGCGGCGCGCGGGCGGUGGGCGCGGGCAGCGUCAGUGCCUCCGUGAGCGGCGCCGAAGCCAGCAGCCCCUCCGACGGCUCCGAGGCCUCGCUGGCCCUGUACAACAACGUGAACGUGCCGAGCCUGGCCUCCGUGCUGGGUCGCCAGGCCGCGCCGCGCCACCACAAGCCCCGGCGGCACCGCCAUGAGUCGGGGGCGUCCCCUAAGAGCCGCAAGUACGUGCCCUCCAAGAACUCGGUGAGGCGGCCGCUGCUCAACGCCUCCGUCGCCGACGCCCACGGCAGGGCGGUGUGGAGGGCCCCGCCCAUGGCCACGACCUCGCUGCCGGACCCCGUCAAGCCCAAGAUGAGGAGCACUGGCUGCUGCAGCGGCUGCUGCUCCAAGGUCAGGACGGCGGGAAGCGGCUCCCUGCUCCUGCUGCCCCUGCACCUGCUCAUCCUGGUCCUGCUGCUCUCCUACCUGGUGCUGGGGGCCUUCAUCUUCUCUCAGCUGGAGGCUCGAGGCUUCACGGAGCCGGAGGUCCUGAGCGUGCCCAACACCGUCCAACUCCCGGGGGCGCCGCGAGACCCUGCCAUGAUGGAGGCGCGGAAGGAGCUGGUCGAGAGGGUCAUUAACGCGUCGCUGGACAUUUUCCUGGAGAAGAGUCAGGAGGCGAUCAUCGCGGCCAUUUUCACGUCGCAGAGGAUGCAGAACGCGCUCAGGGCCUUUGAGGUAAGCAGGGGGAUUCUCUGCCUUUUUUUUUUUUUUUUUUUUUGAGAGGUGGG